CGUCACGCGGCGAAUUCGAAACUGCGGCGACACUGACUCCGUCAAGUCUGGCUCCCCUUGUCGUCUGCAACAGCGCUUACUUCGGAAUGUUUGGGCCGAAAAGUGUGCGUUCCAAGGAGAGAGUGCGUGACAGCGAGCACUGUUUGAGAAAGAGAUCUUGGAGGAUACUCACAGAAAGUGUCACCAUGCUUUGUUUAGUCUGACACAACAGCUGGAGGCCAUGCUUGGGUAGCAGAGCAGUGUGCUGACGCCGCGACGCUGUUUGAUCGAAUUGGGCGCGAGUAAAACAAUCGCCAGCUCCAUCAAACUGUUUACACGGGGCACACUUUCUUUCCAUCCAAAGGCGAACAACAGUCUGUGAUUGAUCUUCACACCUGCGCAUGUUGUCUGUUCGCUUUAGCGAUUUCCAGCUGUUACAGUGUGAACACUUGGAUGCUGUGCAUUUGAAUGACAUCUCGCCGCCACUCACGCAAUGAACAGAGACUUGUGUGCACUCUGUGGAAAGCCUGUUUACUUUGCUGAGCGCAAGACGUCUCUCGGGCGAGACUGGCACCCCAACUGUCUCCGGUGCACAAAGUGCGACCGUGUCCUCGUACCAGGCCAGCAUGCCGAGCACAAAGGAAACCCGUACUGUCACACCCCAUGCUACAAGGCACUUUUUGGCCCUCCGAUUCUGGGAUAUGGCGCCAACUUGUCUUCGCCUGCCAACUUCGCUCGCAAGGAUGGCCCCGUGGAGUUUGGAUACGAUAACGAUAGUGAAGUGUACAAACGAGAGAUAUUUAGCAACAGACGGAUUGCAACCAAUCCCUUGCAGAGACAGCGAAAGUCGGUGCCAGCCAUACCGAACUAUGAGUUUCCAGUCUCGGACAAGUCUGCGCACAGGUCGUGUCCUACAUCACCGUCCAAAACAAACGACACGGUCACGUCGCCAAAGCUGAGAGACAUGUAUAAGAAAGUAGAAGAAUUCAAUGCCCGCAACCAAGGCAAAAUACAUCAUCCGAUGACUGUGGAACAGCUGCCCAGUGGAGAGGUGUGUGUACAAGGACCUCUUCGGAUUUACUGGGGUCUUACCAGGCCGAUUCAACUACGACAGUGUGAUGAUGUGCCAGCACCACCAGUUGCUAAAUGGCGGCAUUCGUUAUGUGUGAAUUUGAAUGAAAGUCCAACAAAACAAUCUCGUUCACCCACACAGCUGAAGUUAGACCUGCAUUCUCCAAAGUGGGACCAGCAGACCCCCUCCAGGCAAAUGAGAGGGAUAGAUGACAGUGUUUUGAUGUCGCCAUCAGCAGCAGAUGAUGUAGUCAUGCGUCGGGGCAACAUACGCAAGUUUAAAACUGUGGCCUACCGUGGCGAUGCUCCCACUAAGUGGAAACGAGCAUCCAUCAAUGGGCAUAUUUUCAACUUUGACACAAGUGUGUUCACUCCAGUUCUUGGUAGCUGCACUAGUGUCAUGGUGGACAGUACUAUGACUUCCCCAGUUGUUAUACAAACACUCCUAGAAAAAUUCAAGGUUGAAAACAGUCCUUCAGAAUACACCCUUUGUUUGGUGACAGAUAAUGAUGAACAUAUACUAGAGGAUGAGGAUCGACCACUGCUGGAGGUCCUGGAGCUUAGCGUUGAGGAUCAGGGCACAAAGAUUUUUCUGAAGGAGCGUCAGCUGGACCUGGCUGUCACACCCUCUGACCCUAUCAUUCAGUUGCCCAUUGCAGAGGAAGAGGAGGAGGAGGCCUUGCCAGAAGAGGUAGAGCAAUUGAUGAUUCUUCCAGUGGCUGUAUUAACAGGCCUUUUGAAGAAGUUUGAGAAUGAUGAAGAAUCUGAAGUUCGCCGAGUAAAAGAAAAAUACAAACGCUACAGGAAGAGAGUUCUCAAGUUAAUGGAGAAACACACAGCUUCAACUGCCUGAAGAAUCUGUCGGUGCUUUGCUAUUACUGGUGAUUUUGCUGCAUUUCUGACUUCUAUAUUCCCUCAAACUUAAUGUCUACCCAUCAGAAGGGAUUCUUGCAGCAGUCUUGAUGGACAAGGCAUUUUAGGUUGUGAAUAUUUGGUGACUAUGGAAAGUCACUUUGUGUUCCCCAUAUCGUCAAAGUAGAAAGUAAAACUGAAAGUGCUAAUAGGCGAAACAAAUUGAAAGAGGAUGAGAAACAGGUUUUGGACAGGUAUUGUCACAUUCUUAGUGAAAUAGUGUGCAUAUCAUAUGGUGCAAUGAGAGUAGAGAAAGAAUACUUGACCAGUUACCUGAAAGUUUAUUACCAGAUUAAAUAGAUGUAAAAAUUGGACAGGCCUAGAGGAUGAAAGCAAAACUGACUAGAGUUCAGCAAGAGAGUGUGCCAACUUGACAUUCAGUCCUUCAUGUGUCACUGAUGUCAUCAAAGUGUCAUAACUAUUUCUUACAACUUAGGAGUUGUACAUCAGCAUCGCUACCAAACACCAUGCCACUGAGUAUAUAUAUAUAUAAGUGUAAAUGACCAAUAACAUGACAGGCUAUUGGCAUUAGUUUUCGAACCACAUGGCAGUCUGGUAAAAGUGAAGAUAGGCAUGUGUUUGGAAGCACAGGAGAAGAUAAGAUUCUGCAAUGUUGAUCUUUUCAAGUGUUCAGCAGUGCUGGUCAUGACUGUAUGAAGAGGAACAAGUUGGUUUCUGCCAAAUGAAGUGUCGAUGGAUGUGGAGCCCUACUUAGUUUGUAGUGUGUGGAUUUUGGGAGGUUUGAUGUGGAUAUGGAUGUGUACAUGUAUACAUGUGUAUGCUUUAUUCUGUUUAUUCCCAAAAAGUUAAAAAUAUGAAGACUGUCAUAUUUUAUAUUACUAUCAUCUACCUUAUCAGUUGGUUGCUUCCAUUGGGUUCCAUUCCCAUCUGUAAUAAUUUUUUUUUUUUAAAGAACAUUUUCACAAAUGUGCCAAGAAACAUUUUAUCAGUGACACUCUUUAAUCUUGUGUCACACCAUGAAAUAACUUGAAAGUUUGGAUAUUUGGCUAUGCAGUAUUUUUGUAGUAACAUUUUGAAAAUUCUUAUCUGCUGCAUGACACACGGCAACAUUCUGUCCAGGCUCGGCCUCUUUUUUUUUUUCCUCUCCAAGAUACCAAGGAGAAAGUUUGCAACACUGGCCUACAAAAAUGUAACCAUGUUUCAAGAAGGAACUGGGAUAUGAAAUGCUGCACCACUUGCACCAAGGACAUCACGCUGCCUAUAAAUUUCAAUUUAAAUUUCAAUACUGAGGGCUGUUGUGAAUGGUUGGUGCAAUAUUUGUCUCCUAUCAUGACAGGCUUCUGGUCUUAAGACUAAGAAGUUUGGACAUAAACUGUUUCACAUGCAUAAACUAGAAAAAAAAGUAUUGCUGGUUUGCUCGGUUUUGUUUUUUUUAAAUGGUAAAAGCACAUAAGCUGGUAGCAUAUCCCAGAACUGGUGGAUGUCGAAAUAUUUUCAGGAUACUGGAAAUUGGUGUUGAUGUUGCAUCUGAAGGCUUUUGUAUGUUGUUAAUUGCUUUGACAGCCAGAAAGUUGAAGUACAUGCAUGCAGGUAUUUAAUGUACUUCUGAACAAUGCAUGAGAAUUACAUGGCAAACUAACAUGAAACAAAAACAAGCAACUACAUUUGGACAGAUUUGAAUAUGAAGUGUAGCAAGCCAGUGAUCAAAUCAUCAGCCAUAUUCACACAUGGCACAAAAAUUAAUGCAUUGUAAAUCUGCGGUCCCAUGAUUAUUAGGUAGCCUGUAAAAAGUUUAACUUCUUUGUCAUCUUUUUGUUGUGUGUUUAUUGAUUGGAGUGGGGUUAAAAUACCAAUACUUUUGGUUGUUGAUUAAGGUUUACUUGUAGGGUUUUGUAUUAACUCAGACAUACAGUAUUGGAUAGAUUCCUGCCAUAGGGCAAAAAUUGAGCACAUCCUACUGAAGACAGAAAAAAAUUCAUGUUCUUCCUUGCAUCUAUAGUCUUCUGGUCGUGGCAAUGAGAAGCACCGACUUUUAGAAACUCGCGAGUGACUUUAAGAAGUUGGAGCAGUAAUAGGGGAGGACUUUCCACAGUUAUUCCUAAUGAGAAAACCAUGAGAACUUGGUCUUUAUUUUCAGAAAAAUACAUAUAGACUAUUCAAAAGCAACACUGCUUCAGUCUUAUGAAAACAAGCUUUAUAUGAACAUAACUGCUGCCUCCUGAAAAGUGAAACAAGUAGUCGAAGUUUAAGCUAGCUUUACAUAACUUGGAUGUUGAACUGCCAAGGCUUCAGCAAUAUCCUGUCACCAGCUGGGAAAGAGAAUUUGUGUAACCUCAGGUUUAUAAACAAAAUGGCCCAGGAAAAUAACAUGCAUAAUGUUUCUGGCUUCAUAAUAUGAAACAAUUCUUUGAUUUCACUCUUAUUUAGACUUGUCAUAAUAUAGUUCAUUUUCAUCAAAUGAUCUGUUUAAUCGUGUGUGCGUACAUGUAUAUCUGAUUUUGUUUAUGUAAAGACUAGUCCACUAAAUCAUCAUGCAAAUUUGACAAUCAUAACAUGAACUAAUUUAAUAUCAAAUCACAUAGAUAAUACCACCAUCUGAUCAUGUCCUGUUGAAGACUACGGCAGCCUUUCUUAUUUCAUUUACCCUGGGAAAAAAGUUUAAUUUUCUGAUCUUGGUAUAUCCAUGCAUAAAACUUAUGUAUGCAGCUCAGCAGUUUGUGAAUGUAUAGCUCCAUUCAACUGUUCUAGAGCCAUUGCUGUUGAUGGGGCACAAUGUAAUAAGACAUCUUGCAUCAUAGUUCUAGUGAAACUCAUGAGCAUCGGCCCCUAGCUAAGAAUUACUGCUGUGCAGUUUUAAUGGUGUUUGUAAAUUUUCAAUCUUUUCCUCUUUCUCAAAAGUACUUUUGCUCAAAUCAGCCCUUUUGAAAAUCCUUAAUUUCUAUAAUUAACAUCCUAUAGUUUUCUUCUCUAUCCUCGACAACUGUUGUUUGAUAGGGUAGAUGUGUUGAAUAGCAUUGGAGAAGAAUUCAGAAUGCAGUGAAUUAACUUACUACAUGUAAUAUUUGUGAUUGAUGUGCGCUGGAUAGAUUACAAAGUAGCAGAAGGCAUGCAGAGUUGCCUACGAUACAUUGUAGAAAAGGUUUUAAGAAUGCCUUUAGUAUUUUGAAAAGUCUUAGAUUUAUCUUGCUGCUCUUGCAUGGUUAAAAAAAAAAUUUUUAAGAUCAGAGAUGCACAUUGUAAACAUGUGAUGCAUUAUCUUGUGAUUGUUGUCGUUUGAUUCCAAGCCUUGAUAAUGCUUGUGCGGAAGUCAGUCUGUUGCAUUUCACUUGGUGUUCACUUUGUCAGCUGGCCACUAGUAUGUCUGCCACUGACAUUUUUCACCUGUGAUAGAAGCUCUCUUGGCUAGUUGUGAAAAGAUCUCUUUAACAAAUUUGUCAUGCAAACAUUUAUGUCACUGUUGACUAGGUUUUGACUGUUUAGAGGUGUGCUUCUGUGGGUAUCCAUUUUAAAUUUAAAAAUUGAAGGAUUUCCCACCCCCCUACCCCUACCCAUCAGGAUAAAAUGGUGAAGGCUAGGGAAACAAAUACUGAUCUUGCCCUUGAACAAAUCGAUGGAUAUUCUUGAUUUGUGCAGGGGGUCAGGUGUUGCUUUGCCAAGAAUUUGAAUUUGCUGACCAUAUUUUGUCACUGCUGCCAUUGUCCAUGUUUUCAGUUUGUUAAUGUAGCCAAAGCCUUUGUGAUUGUACAGCAUAACAAACAUGUUAUUACAACUCAAGUGGACUUCACCAUCAUGGUUGUGAUUCAGAUUGUUUUUAGGAUUUGAACUCUGUCAGGUGUGUAGCCAUGAGAUUUCACUUGGAAGGCCUCACAAAAAAGGAAGAAAAUGUAAAGCUUACUUGUAAAACGUGGAAGAUGAAUGAGAAUUGUUUGUUAAUAUUUUUUGGUUAUAUUUUUGACGCUAGCUCAGGUUGAGUAUUAAUAAUGUUUCAGAUCUUUAGCAUUGGUGCCAAUGUGUUUUUUUGUCAGAUGUUAUGACAUCGAAGUUAAAUACAUGGAAUGAAUUCAUUCACUUAAGAAGGCUGUGUCCUUAAUUGAAAUAAACCUUUGGCAGCCAAAUAAGAUGUAGCUGUAAAUGUAAUCCUCUGAGUGUAAUCAGAAAGAUGGUAUGGCUAAGGGUAAAUGUGAUGUUUCAUUACUAUUAGUGAUAAUUUAGUAGCAUGCAAAGACAUGCAAGACAUGCACUAUUUGCACUGUAAAAGAUUAAUAUUUUUGGGAGGGGGUAUAUAAAUUCAAGUUCAUUUUGUUUGUCAUAAAAAUAUUUUCUUUUUGAAGAAUAUGGAUAUAAUAGGUCUUCUACUUAGUCUCAUUAGCCUUUGUCACUCCGAUUCUCUUGCCACCUUUAAGUCUAAACUUAAGACACAUCUUUCCAGAACAAUGACUUACUUCACUGUGACCCUCUCCUGACCAUGAGCAUGCAUAAUGUGUGUCUGUAAUUUACUUUGUAUUCGAGUAGUGCAUGUUGUAGAAGUGAGUGUGUCUGUUAUGAGAACAUGGGUGCGUUGAUGAUUUAGUCUGUGUAUGAUUUACGUCAAGUGCUAUGAGCAAAUCUUUGGAAAUCCUCCUCAUUAUUAUAUGAAUAGCUAAUGCGUAAUGUUGGACAUAAUAUGACUGAACACAUUAUUUUAGGUCUGACAUGGGGUUGGGUCAUAACUAAUUAUUUAACCCUUCUGAGCCCUGUAAAAAAUCGCCACUCAAUAAUUCUGCAUCAGGCAAAAUGUAGGCCUCAAGAGAACAAUCCCAAUUCCAUAUUCAUGUAAAAGAUUGUUUGAAAUGUCACUUGUUGGCUUGAGUGAAAGUGCAUCAUGGUUUUGUCCAAUAAACAAGACUUCAUGUUUCACCUGUUUCUGUCAUGGCAGUGUGGUGAUCUGUUCAGUUUGACCAGGCAGGGCUAAUUUUGAAUACAUUUUAGUAUACAAGAUUUUCUCCCCCCCCCCCCAAAAAAAAAGAAAAGUUUAUAUGCAUCUAAGCCAUUGAUAUUAUUUGGGUUAAUUCAGUGAGUUUGUGUUGAAAAAAAAAACCCUUGAAAUGAGAAAAAUAUUUUCCCUUCAUCAUGCUUAGUGUUGACUGUCCUUGUUGCUGAAUGUGUUUGCCAGAAAUAUUUAUGCUUGGUAUUGAGGUACCUGAUAGACUAAAUGGAGGCAACUGAAUAAAAUUUGUUGUGAAUGCAUGUAUUUUGUACAGCAGCAAUCAUGAGGCUAGUGGGAGUCUUGUGUCUUUGAUGAAUAGAUUGUAACAGGUGGACAUUUGUGUAUUUUUGCGAUCAUAAAAUGGUUAUAGAUUUUUUUCCUACCCUUUUGUAUAUUUGUAGAUGUUGCACAUUUUGUUCCUUUUAUUGUUGUUGAUGGUACACAUUUGCUUUGUCUUGUUCAUGGUGGGAAGGAAUUUGAAGCACUCACUUUUCUUCUGGUAACCCUGUCCUUGCUUGUUACCUGCUUAGAUUAUAUUAUGAUGCAGGUUUAAGGUUCUGAGACAUAAUUCAUCAUAAUUUAGGUGAUCUUUUACAUUUACCUUUCAUACCAUUUGUAUGAAACUUCAAAAGAAGGGUGCAUGUGUGUGUGAGAGAGAGAAAUUUCAUGCUAGAGAAUGGAGAAAUUUUGAUGGUGUUUCUCAGUUGCACAUUCCACUGGCUGGCUGGCUGGCUGUGCCACACAGCAUCUAACGAGAGAGCACAAAACACAGACCUUUAACUGUUGUAUGAAGUGCUGGUGAAAGCAAGAGAAAAAGUGGGGUCUAGUUCAGUGAGUGGAUGAAGAGCAUGUAUACAGUAGCUAGUUAUGAAUCUUCCACUGCACGUUCAGGUCCUGCUGAAACAGAACUAGUUUUUUCUCAAUUCUGCAGCAUUGAUUGGUGUGGUUUUACCAAUCGUAUAUGCAGCAUAAUCAAGAACCCAGGCUGUGUCUAAGCUGCUACUUGUCUCACCUCCAUUUGUUACAAAAUGAUAUUAAUUUACUCUGGCAUGUACUAAAAGAAUGAUGAGACUAUAUUUGAAUUCAAAUAAAAGGAGCCUGUCGCCUCUA